AUGCAGGAUAUUAUUGACCAUCUACCUAAACUUCCUGAAAUACAACAACAAAAGCUUACUAUUCCAGAAUUCGAUGAAAUAGAAGUCAAAGCAACUGACUCAGUAGAAACCAAGAAGUUCAUACGUAAGGUAAACUAUGAGUUUCUUGGAUUUCAUUGCAACCACAAAGUCAUGGACAAAGACUGCGAUAUGGUAUAUAAGAACAUCUCUGACAUAUACAAAUCUGAAGAAUUUAAGACCUACGACAACUUUGUUUCGUUAGUUGCAAAAUGUGUAUGGCAGAUAAGAGAUAAAGAUAAAAGAGGUAAAGUAUGGAACGAACAGAUAAAACCAGCAACUUUUGAGUUAAAGAAAACCAUUGACGCCUUAGUCAUACUUGCAGGUUUUAUUUCAAUGUACAAUGCUAAAAUGAACCCACAAUGUUCAAAAUGUAAAGCAGCAAUGAGGAAAUAUAACUACUCCGUCAAAGAGAUAGAAAGAAUGCGAAACGACUAUGCAGAUUUAAAGAAAGAAGCAGAGAAACCAGCAGAAGAUAAAAUGGACAUGUUGACAUUUCUGAACAAAAACUAUCCAACUGCUGACGAUUUCCUUCUAUCUGAUGUCAAGAAGAAAUAUAAAGAAACAUUCGGCAUAGUUAAAACUUUUGACAUACUGACAGAAGAAAUAGAAGCUACAAAACUGUUUAGAAUUUCAAAUAUACAUCGUACAAUUCAUGUAAGACGCUUGUGA